GCUGAGACGAGGCGAAGCGGGUUGGCCGAGGUCGAGGCCGGGAAUGGUGGCGGGUGGCGGCGUGGCAAAAGCUACUGCUCUGCUCUGCUCGCUGCCCGCUCCCAGAGUCUGAUCCAAACGCCUCGCUGGUGUCAUGCUGAUGCGCCCUCCCCUCAGUUAACUAUUCUACUCUUCUGCUCUGUCAGCAGACCACGAGACGCGCGCGCGAAACUCUUCUCUCUCCUUUGCGCACCUCUUUCGUCGUCGUCGUCGUCGAUCUUCCUCCGGUCAGUUUUCACCGCUUUUACUUUACAGUCCACUCGUACCCGCGCCAGCCAUUUCUCUGUUUGACUGCCGCCUUCCUUGCGCCCCCACCCGUUUCUCUUUUGUUUCGCACCCCUCCAUCCUUCACUCCUCGCUGGUCCAGCCAUUAAUGCCACCACCUGCUAUACAUCACUACCUUCCUCUUCCCUCCCGCAGUCUCCGACCUCUCUCUCUCCUCUCUCUUUCUUUUUCUCUCUCUCCCUCGCUUUUUCUGCUGUCUAUCCCCGCGCCGCGCGAGGUUGCUGCCUUGGCCUUGCUGGUUCUUUGCUUGUGGGAUGAGUGGAAGGAAGGCCGGUCCUCGCUGCAGAAAGAGGUUCAUGCUUUAAACUGUCCUCUCGUUUUAUUCUAUCGAGCGUCGGUAUCCUGAUGGGAUUGGGGUCACGAGAGGACUUGGGGACCUUUUCCCCUUUCCCCUGGCUGUAGAAUUCAGCAUCCUGUAUGCAUCGAUGAAAGGAGAGGGGCACAAUCUUGGGCCACAUCUAAUCUCUCUGGCUGUGGCGCUUGGAGAAGACUUCAUCUGCACGUGCUGCUGAUGUGCAUUAGAGGAUCCGUGCUGAUAAUAUACAGCUGACACCCACAAGAUCGACUGGAUAAGUUCGAGCCUGACGGCAUCAUGGGUUCCGGCGAUUUGAGCUCGGAGAUGGAGAGGACGGUUCUUGGCCUGACGCUGUGGGUCUGGAUUGCCAUCGGCGUGGUCGCGCUUCUCGUGGCAAUCCUGCUGAUGAUCUGCAUUUGGGUGGCGUCCCGCCUGAGGACCAAGAGAACCAUGGACAGCCUGAGGCAGACGCAGAUCCCCAUCUACUCCAAGGAGAUCCCCAUCGACCGGGUCGGCGGGCGCAGCCUGGCACAGACAAUGCAUGAGCGCGAGCAGCCGAGCUUGCCGCCGCCGGACAAGUACGCGAACCGGGAGCCGGCCGGGGCGGCUGUGGGGCACCUGGCACUCAGCAAGUCCUCGGAUCAUGACAACAUGAGCCAGGGGAGCUCGGUUUGCAAUGCUGACCGUGCUGGCACUGGCAGCAUGCACUCCGGUGAGGAUGGGAGCUCAGGACCUCGGAGGAAACCCAACUCUCCUGCGGCGUUCGUGUCAGCUUCGCCCUUGGUUGGCCUUCCGGAGUUCUCGCAUCUUGGUUGGGGUCACUGGUUUACUCAGCGUGACCUUGAACUUGCUACCAACCGCUUCUCUAAGGAGAAUGUGCUCGGGGAGGGUGGUUAUGGAGUUGUGUACCGUGGACGUCUGGUGAAUGGAACUGAAGUCGCAAUAAAAAAGAUCUUUAACAACAUGGGGCAGGCAGAAAAAGAAUUCAGAGUGGAAGUUGAGGCUAUUGGCCAUGUCCGACAUAAGAAUUUGGUUCGGCUGUUGGGAUAUUGUGUUGAGGGCGUAAACAGGAUGCUAGUAUAUGAGUUCGUGAACAAUGGUAAUUUAGAGCAGUGGCUUCAUGGAGCUAUGCAUCAGCGUGGUGUUUUUAGCUGGGAAAAUCGCAUGAAGGUUGUAACAGGCACUGCAAAAGCGCUUGCUUACCUUCAUGAAGCUAUUGAGCCAAAAGUUGUACAUCGAGAUAUAAAAUCAAGCAACAUAUUGAUUGAUGAUGAAUUUAAUGGCAAAGUAUCUGACUUUGGAUUGGCUAAACUUUUGGGAUCAGACAAAAGCCACAUUACUACUAGAGUGAUGGGAACAUUUGGAUAUGUUGCACCUGAAUAUGCUAAUACUGGAAUGUUAAAUGAAAAGAGUGACGUUUACAGUUUUGGCGUUCUCUUGUUAGAAACUGUGACAGGAAGGAAUCCUGUUGACUACAGCCGAUCUUCCAAUGAGGUCAAUCUUGUUGAAUGGCUUAAAACAAUGGUGGCCAAUCGGAGGGCAGAGGAAGUGGCUGAUCCAAGCUUAGAGGCUAGACCCAGUAUCCGGGCUCUCAAGCGGGCUCUUUUGGUGGCACUGAGGUGUGUUGAUCCUGACUCUGAAAAGAGACCUAAGAUGGGCCAGGUUGUUAGGAUGCUUGAGUCAGAAGAAGUACCAUACCGGGAGGAUCGGAGAAAUCGUAGAAGUCGCACUGGAAGCAUGGAUAUUGAGUCCAUUGCAGAGGGUUCCAACUCUGCGGAGUUUGGAAAGAAGGUAGAAAGGACUGGAAGCUCUAUAUCUGACAGAUCUCAACCAUGAGGCCUGGAAAUCUAAGCUAUAUCAGGAACUGUCUCAGAAACGAUGUUAAUCACCAAGGUGAUUGCUGUCCUGAUAGGGGAUGCUGGUAGGUGACAGAGGCAAGGCAGGCCCAGGUAUUACUGCCUAAGUAUUAGGCUUUAGUUUUCAGGUGCAGUAGAAGCAUUCUUGGAUGAGGAACCUCCUGGUCUCCUCUUAUUUGUAUAGGUAUAUGUUGGUGCCUGAGGAAUUCCUCUUGGUUUGGGUGUUUAACAUUUGUUCGGUUCUUUUAUUUCUUGCAUUGUUGCCUUCUUAAAUCAGUUUCACUUCUCCCUGAUGAAAUGCUGAACAUGAGGUUGUGGACUUGUGGUCUUAGCGAUACUGCUUGUCAUUGUUUUUCAUA